GAGCGGCAUUUAGGUACGAGUGAUCUACAGUCGUCAACGUACUGGCGUCACCAUGGAGAGAUAUUGCGGCAUGAAUAUUAACACAGUAGAGAUGCAUACUGGUGGUGAACCGCUAAGAAUCGUCACGGAUGGAUUUCCCAAGCCUGACGGGAAAACAAUUCUACAGAAACGAAGGUUUGUUAAAGAAAAGCUUGACAAUUUCCGGAAAUUGUUGAUGCACGAACCGAGAGGUCACUAUGACAUGUACGGUGCGCUUCUCGUCGAGCCUGAUAUAGAAGACGCCGAUAUUGCAGUUCUCUUCAUGGAUAACAGGAGUUACAGUACCAUGUGUGGACACGCCGUAAUAGCACUUGGAAGAUAUGCGACGGAUUAUGGAUAUGUUAGGCCCACUGAACCAGAAACGAAAGUCAAUAUUGAAUGUCCUUGUGGACUGGUGAAGGCGCUUGUAGAAUACAAGAACGGGAAGAGUGGCUCUGUGAGAUUUCAAAGCGUACCUGCUUUUGUAUUUGCAACUGAUGUUGAAUUAAAUGUACAAGGCCAUGGAAAGGUCAAAGUUGACAUCAGUUAUGGUGGUGCUUUCUAUGCAUUUAUAUCUGCCGACAAACUUGGACUAGAUCUCUGGAAAACUCCCAUUAAUCAAAUAAAGGAUGCGGCUACCAUGGUAACCAACGCUGUCAAAAAUGAAGUACAACUUGAACACCCAGAUGAUAAUGAUUUAGCAUUUAUAUAUGGUACCAUAGUAACGGAUGGGAAAGAUGAAUAUUCAGAUGAGCCCACUGCUAAUAUAUGUGUAUUUGCCGAUGCCCAGGUUGAUAGAUCACCAACUGGCAGUGGUGUGACAGCAAGAACUGCCUUGCAAUACCAUAAAAGACACAUCUCAUUAAACAAGUCGCGUGUAUUUGUAAACGCCAGAAUUGGAAGUAAAUUCAGUGCCAAACCUGUACGUCAAACUAAAUGCGGUUCGUAUGACGCUGUGAUAAUAGAAGUCUCUGGGCAUGCCUUCUACACUGGUAAAUCUGCCUUCACCUUUGAAGAAGACGACCCUUUGAAAGGGGGAUUUCUUUUAAAAUAAUAAUGGAAUUACAUACUAAUAUUCCACAUGUUAUUGUAUUGUAAUGAAUAAUACCGUUGCUGUAUUCGAUGUAUGGGUAGCUUUUAUUAUUAUAGGGAAAUUUGUACGUGUAAUAAUAAUAAAUUCGUGUCUAGUUAGAUUCUCCAUUCAACUGACUUCUCAAUAUUAUGCGUUUUAUUUAGCAAUUACGUCAUCACUAUCUUAGAGAUGUGUCUGUCAAUGUAUUAAAUUUAAGUAUUCGACUGAUUUUGACUGAAUCUAAUAUUAAAAAUAGAUUUGUU